UCCAUACUGUGUUCACGACAAAAUAUUUUUGAUGUACCUAUUAUGUACUUGUUUUUACCACAGGAAUAUUACCAAAAACAUACAAAGUUGCAGCUUCAAUCUCUGGAAUGAAUCAUAGAAUAAAUAUUUAUCUACUGUGGGUCAAUGUUUUAGUAACUAAAUAAAUUAAGAUUGGAAAGGUUGAUAUAUUGUGUUCUUUAUUGUGUCGAAAAAAUUAGAGUAAAGGUUCGUAAUCAAGACUGAACUUAUUACAAAGGUAAAGCAAAAAUGAGACAAUUAAUCAAGGUUAUUUCGGUUCAGAAUGUUUACUUAAACAACCAGUGUGACUGAGUGCGGGCGGUCGUGCCAUAAAAAUCGGAAAAUACGAUAAUUUCGUCCGUAAAACUUCAAAAUGGUGGCCGGGGAGAUUCCACCGUUCCCCUUGGAGGAGGAAUACAAAAAGAACACGGGCAUCACCCCUGAUGAUGUGAAGGAACUGCGUCGGUGGCUGAAGACGCAGCCACAUCUACCCGAUGAACAUAUUACAGACAUGGACCUCAUCCUGGCAUACCACUCUUGCAACAAAAGUACAGGUGUUACGAAGCAAGUACUAGAUCUAAACCUAACGUUGAAGACGCUAUUUACACAAUACUUUAAGGAUCGCAAGUUCGACGCUGGCGUUGAACGGACUUUGAACAAUUUAUUACUCACACUUCUACCCACCAGAACGAAAGAGGGUUAUGCUAUAUUCUACACACACUUCCUAAACACAGACCCCAAAGUAUUUGUAUUUUCUGAGGCUAUCAAAGCAUGCCUCAUGGUACUGGAUUUCUAUCAAUACGAGGAAGGCACGUGGCCCGGCAUCACCUUUGUGAUUGACUUCGAAGGAAUGACCCUAGGGCAUGUCACUAGAAUUGACUUGGUCAAUCUGCAGCAGUUUUUGUACUAUUUACAGGAAGCAAUGCUAGUCAAACUAAUGGGUCUUCAAUUCAUCAACGCACCAUCCUUCAUCGACAGAGUGGUGAUGAUGAUGAAGCCGUUCUUAAAGAAGGAAAUGAUGGACAUCCUCGGCAUCCAUACUGUUGGUUCUGAGAGUGUUAAGAAGCAUUUCCCUAUUGAAGCGCUGCCUAAGGAUUUUGGUGGCAGUUAUAAGUCGUCGUUGGAAUGUAGAGAUGAGCUGAUUUCCAAACUACGAGCGAACGCAUCGUACUUCGAAAAUGAAAAUAAGAAACGAGUAGUAGAGUCUCUAAGGCCUGGAAAACCAAAAACUAUCUCUGAUAUUUUCGGCGGUCUAGAAGGCUCUUUUAAAAAACUUGAUAUUGAUUAAGGAAACUGUCUGUGAUAAAAUACUGUGUAUAAAUAUAUGGGAAUUAAAUGAGUACAAAAUUUGAA